AUGACACACUGUCUCCCGCCGACAACUAUGAUUGUAAGCUUGUUGCCGAUCCUCGAUCCAAGCUGGUGGACGAGACCUACUUGGAUCAGGCCGCAAGCUGGGCUCACGCGAUUGCAUUUGGUUGUCACCUUCAGAUCAAGCCGUCGGGGAUCCGAAGGAUUCGAACGCGUCUGCAAAGUCCAUACGUUUUUUCAUUAUCCACCAAGUCUGUUUGACACAAGGUUAUUCACGCCUAUGUACCAUCGUAUUGGAUGCAUUCUCGUUAAUCAUCCUACUGCUAUGGGUAGACCUUGUCAUAGACGCAAGAAACACAGGCAAGGAGUAGAGACAGGCUCGCAGGCUACAUGCACAUACAUUUUGUUUCCAUGUGACUCGUGUGAUUUUAAUGAAGAAGACUGCCCUAAUGGGAUUCCCAUAGCUUCGGCUGAAUCACCACAACACUCGCCCAUGAAGCUGGGUCCGGCUAAAUCUGCCCCUUUGCCCCUCAGUCCCGCCGUCGGCUCGAUGUCCUCUGGCAGGGUGGAAGAAGACAUCUGUCAUGUGCCUCAACCGCUGUGGUCUUUCUGGUCGGCUUUACCGCUUCUGCCCUCAAAAGAAUUGAAUCACAUGUCUGUAUCCUAA